CAGAACUCUCGGGUUGUCUCGCGCUCUCUGGCUGGACCAAUGGGGAUAUCCGCAGUCGAGAGGACGGCAUCGCUGGAGUGGUGGCUCAGCUGUUUCCUCUGGAUAUACAUCAAAUAUUGAGAAGAAAGAACAUCCAGAGCUAAAUGUUCUGUUUAAACCAGUAGUUGCUGCUCAGAAAAUAAAUAAAGAUGCAGACCCAAAGUCAGUGGUUUAUACGUUCUUCAUGCAAGAGCAUUGUAUUAAAGGAGAGAGUAAGCUGUGUUGAUCAGUGACUUUGGUGAAGGCUGAGAAAGUUGAAGAAAAUUUGCAGAUGAUACACAACUUCUAAGCAUUUCACAUUGGAAGAAGAGAUUUCUAUAGAUGAAAAAAAUGCCUUUGUUUAGUAAAUCACACAAAAAUCCAGCAGAAAUCGUGAAAAUUCUGAAAGACAACAUGGCCAUUUUGGAAAAGCAAGACAAAAAGACAGAUAAGGCUUCAGAAGAAGUGUCGAAAUCACUGCAAGCAAUGAAAGAAAUUCUGUGUGGAACAAGUGACAAGGAACCCCCAACAGAAGCUGUGGCUCAGCUAGCACAAGAACUCUACAGUAGUGGGCUGCUGGUGACACUGAUAGCCGACCUACAGCUGAUAGACUUUGAGGGAAAAAAAGAUGUGACCCAGAUAUUUAACAACAUCCUGAGACGACAGAUAGGCACUCGGAGUCCUACUGUGGAGUACAUUAGUGCUCAUCCUCAUAUCCUAUUUAUGCUCCUCAAAGGAUAUGAAACCCCACAGAUCGCCUUACGUUGUGGGAUUAUGCUGAGAGAAUGUAUUCGACAUGAACCGCUUGCCAAAAUCGUCCUCUUUUCUAAUCAAUUCAGAGAUUUCUUUAAGUAUGUGGAGUUGUCAACAUUUGAUAUUGCUUCAGACGCCUUUGCUACUUUUAAGGAUUUACUGACCAGACAUAAAAUAUUGGUAGCAGACUUCUUAGAACAAAAUUAUGACACUAUUUUUGAAGACUAUGAGAAAUUGCUCCAGUCUGAGAAUUAUGUGACUAAGAGACAAUCUUUAAAGCUGCUAGGUGAACUGAUCCUGGACCGGCACAACUUUGCCAUCAUGACAAAGUACAUCAGCAAGCCAGAGAACCUCAAACUGAUGAUGAACCUCCUCCGGGAUACAAGUCCCAACAUCCAGUUUGAAGCCUUUCACGUCUUUAAGGUGUUUGUGGCCAGUCCUCACAAAACACAGCCUAUUGUGGAGAUUCUACUAAAAAACCAACCCAAACUCAUCGAGUUUCUGAGCAGCUUCCAAAAAGAAAGGACGGACGAUGAGCAGUUCACUGAUGAGAAGAACUACUUGAUUAAACAGAUUCGAGACUUGAAGAAAACGGCGCCUUGAAGUCUCACCCAGUUUCCUGCCACCGUCACUGUCUCAUUUGUUCAGUUUGUACAAAACGUGUCAUUUCAAAAAGUAGUCAUUCUUGGGAAGGCUUUGGAGGUGGCUAUUUUCUUCUCAAUUCAUUGUUCAGGGUAGAUGGAUAUAAAUGUCUGAAAGAAAAAAAUUAAUUUAGAAUAAUAUAUUCAUCUUAAUCGAGUCUGUGAUUAUUUAUGUGAAAUCAGAGCCAUUGUUUUAGACAUUUAUAAAGCAAUUUUAACCCUUUCUUGAUGAAGGGCAACAAGGCUGUGGGCUUGCAGACCUGAGCCCUCAGUCACCACGAGCCACCAAGUAGUAGGAGCCCAAAGAAUGGGCGUCACUGAGUCCUCGAAGAGGAUUAAAUUCUCAGAGAACUGGGCAUGGGGGCAAGACACACGAAACUGUUUUGCCCAUCUGUACUUGGACAAACAAAUUUCUCAAGGCACCAAGAAAAUAAGAUCCAUGUUUUCAGUCAUUACGUAUUCUGUUCCCUGCCCAUAUCUUUUAACUGUAAUCAUUCAUUCCUAACUUCCUAGGGAAUUGAUGCCCACCUUUCUGCUUACUGCCCCACGUUCCACCCCAGUGGAUCUCCUCAGCAUGACCAACUCAUGGUACACGCACACACACACACUCCCCCACUCUGACCAGGUUAGCAUGGGACCAACUAAGUCCAAACAGAAUGGACUAACAAGGGUCACGGGUGUAGAGGACUCACGGGGUAGGACCUGCUCACGUGAGAACUUGGAACAGAUGGGUAAGAACCACAGCUCUAGCGACAGUCACUGCUGUUUUCCCACAGACUUCUGUCGGGCUAGUGAAUGUUUGGAAUAUUUUCAUUCAUGCUUCUCAUUAUGUGGGAAAAAAGUUUCAUGGUGAAAGUGUGUUUUAGAGUAGGAAUCAUUGCAUUGAGAUGCCUAGCGUGUGCAAAACCAUGGGUCCAGAGGGUUGCACAGGCCCUUUAUAAAUAAGGGAACGUUGCCGUUGGAAGCGCAAAUGAUUAAAUGCAUGAAAAAAAAAUCCUCAAAGGACUAAAAAUUUUUUUCACUUUAUUUCUAAUAAGCUAUCGUUCUAAUUUUACAUCAAAUUCCUUAGUGAAAAGGUAGAAAACCUUAUAAAAAUGUUGGUCUCAAAUACUCUCUUGCAUUACUAGGAUGGUUAAGGAAUUAAUUUGUGUGUUUUUUUAAAAGGCCAUGGUUUUGUUUUCAGACAUCAAGUGUAUAAAAACGGAAUUUUAAGCUAUAUUUACCAAGACAUUAAAGGUACAAUUGUUAAUCUGUAUUUUUUUCAUAAUUCUGUUUCCAAAUCAUGAGUUAUUGCCUUCCAUAGGAAUCUUCACUUUUUACAACAUUGGGUACUGUGUUCUUCAACCAGAUAUUUCUCCACCCAGAGAGGGAAAGAUCCCUCUCCAGGAUCAGUGCCCUUGUAGAUGUAGCAUCUGAAGAAUCACCCGGUGCGGUUUCAUCCUUCUUGGCCGUGUCUUUCCGUGCCCAGCGUCAGAUCCUGAGGCAGAUGCUGCAGGGCUUGCAGGACCUUCUUGCAGCAGCUCUGGCCAGUGCCGGGCCGUCUGAUGACCUUCAUUCUUCAGUCACUGAGGUCAGAUUAUUUUUAUAACAUUCCCUGACAGUCCAUAGUCUCUUCAAAUUUGACUUUUCUGAUUUUGUUUAUUUGUUUAAGAGAGAUGAGUGUAAAUAUUUUUUUUUAAAAAGAAGGCGGCGCAAUAAUGACCAUUGGAAAUGUAUUUCAUUGCUUAAAUACUGUUCCACACAUCGUGGGACACAUGGUUUCAGUUGGAAAGCAAGGCCUUGUUAUAAUUCUUUUUUGAUAAAUAAAACAUAUUUUAUUUCCUCUGAGCUUGAAUUAGCUCAUUCCUAGCAAUCCCUUAUCCUAGUUUAGUACCUCACAAACAAAACUAGUCUAAAAGGCAAUAAAUGAAGUAGCUGAGAUUUUGCUGUGAUACAAAUUUGUAGAUUAUUAACGUGAAAGAGGGAGCAAGAAGCUCACAGUUAAAAUAUGUUUGCAUAAAAGUCACUGUAAAUAUUGUGAGAAUUGCGUUUUGAAAAGGUCAUAAUUAAUAAGCUAUUUCAAAAACACACAUUUAAAUAAAGACUGACUAAAUGAAAAGGUGCCACAU